AGGUGUCAGUUGGCUUCAGGCAUCAAAAUUUAAAUAUGGCGACGGCAAUGGAAAUUGACGAUGAAGAAAGUGAUUUACCAACUUCGAGUAGUAGCAAAGGAGAGAGAAAGCGUUUUGAAGUCAAAAAGUGGAAUGCUGUGGCCCUUUGGGCAUGGGACAUCGUAGUGGAUAAUUGUGCGAUCUGUCGUAAUCAUAUAAUGGAUUUGUGCAUCGAAUGUCAAGCAAAUCAGGCAUCAGCUACUAGCGAAGAAUGUACUGUAGCUUGGGGUGUAUGCAAUCAUGCAUUCCAUUUCCAUUGCAUCUCACGUUGGUUGAAGACUCGACAAGUUUGUCCACUUGACAAUCGAGAGUGGGAGUUCCAGAAAUAUGGUCACUAGCUGAGUGUGUUCAACUACCGCAAACAUCUGAACCCUCCAGAAUGCCAAAGCCGAUACAAGUUUAAUUACACGUGUGAAUAAAAGACAAGUAAACGAUCUGUUGUUAUAUUAUCAUCGGAAAAGUCGGUGGCAUACGUACGAGCGUCACAGAAGGCUUUCAGACAAGAGAAAUAAACUAAAAAUUCGCUUGAUACACAUUGUGAUUAAGACGCUAUUGCACCAGCAUUAUCAAGCUCAUAGUGCAACACGUAUUGAGUUGGAACAGCAGAUAUUAAAACUAUGAGCUAUCGAAAGUUUCUUAUCCUAUCGGUUAUGCAUUAUAAGACAAUGUAAUUCUUAGUAUUAAGAACUGAAAUAAAGAAAUAUCACGAACGAAGUAACAACAUU